UGGUCGGCGUCCUCACCAGCUGUGUAUGGAGUUUUUGUGGGAUGUGUGAUAACCCAUGCAAUUGUGGCCACAUUCGUUCAAAUAUCAUGCACAGAAUCCAAACUGGUGUCAUCAUGGCCAAAUUCACACUGGUCAUAGCCACCAUAAUUGCCUUGCCGGUUGGGAAAUCCAGAACUGCACAGGGAUUGAAUUCUGGAAGCUAUGUGUUUACUCAUGAGGAAAAUCUCUCAGCUUGGCCUACUGGUUGGGCCUUGAUGCUUGCGGGCUACCCCCAAUAUGGACAAUUGGAGAGAUGGAUUCAUAUGCUCAUAUGAGUGAGAAGGCAAGCAAUGCAGCAAAAGCAGUUCCUUGUGGCAUUCUGGGAUCUAUUUCUCAGAAGCAUGUUGGAUCUUUGAGUUUAUCACAGUUUGUGUGAUAGUGACUUCAAUGAAUCAGGAGAUUAGAGCCUAGAUGGACACUCCUUUGAGUAGCCGAUGGCUUAGGUCUGUGCUGCUGUUGAUUCAUAAUGCUCUAGGAAAGACCGCUCUUGGCUUCAUGGUGGUUUUGACAUCCCUUCAGUAUUGGAUGGGUUUGAGCUUGGUAAGGCCAUGCAAUUCAAAUCAAAUAUAGGUAGCUUCUGUAGAAUUGAUAGCUUGUGGCUGCAUCACGGCAAAGUUGGGCCUUCGCCCGAGACCGUGCACUUCCUUUUUCCAACUCUUUUAGAAAGCUUCAGACGCAAAGCAGCUUGCGUUUCCAACCAAUACGAACAGUCUGGGAUGUGCAUUCACAGCUAUCAUCC